CUGCCUGAAACAUUGUGAAACAGGGUAUGUAAUCGGACAAAUAACUCGCUCGAAACAUCGUUUUAGGUCUAGGCGUUUCGUAUUUGAUCAUUUCUGCGGUGGCGCGUGAGUGAGGAGUUGCCGGGGACCGUAACAAUCGACAUAGGCCGACCACAGUGUAGCUCAUCCAACAUCUUGAGCGAAGUUUGCUUUUACCGACUAACACUCCGUCUCGUCGCGAUCGUCGGAGUUUUGGAUCGUUCUCUCACCUGUGUUUCCCAACGUCCUCUACUUCCUGUCACCUCCGUACAUUGUCCACUACUCAAGCACUACAUCACACGGUUAUGUCCGGGACGUCAAUGAUGGAUAAUUUCCGAGCUCUUCUUCAGCUAGCCCAUGCCGUCCAUUCGCCCACGGCGCCCUCCAGAGCACUACGGUCGCUGGAACUCAAUAGCUCGGACCCGGGUGGUUUUUACGGCGGUGGCUCCGGUGGGGACCAGGCAUACCGCUUUCCCCUGGGCAUCAGCGUGAGUCCCUAUGGCCAGCCAGGACCACGUCAGGAUGGGUACGAUGCAUCAGCCGCCUCCUGCAAGUUGUACGCUGCCCCACAGGACCAUAUGACACCAAACCCCUUCAAGGUAGACUGUGCCAAGGACCAGAACGGUUAUGGCAUCAGCAAAGACAUGACGGGAGGCUGGGGUCCUGCGGUGAGGCCAGCAUGCACGCCGGACCCCGUGGUGGCCCGCGGCUACCCGCCGGACCCCAGCACAUCCCCACGGGACCGAACUUCACACGUAGGAGCCUGGAACACGUGCGGCAUGACGCCCGUGUCCCAGCCUCACCAGCAGCCUCAGCAGCAGGCGCAGCAGCAGACAAACAACCAGAUGAACCAGCCACCUUCCAACACAACCUUCUACCCCUGGAUGGCCAUAGCAGCUCGGAACAACUGCCCCUGGACCUCUGGGGCCAACGGUCUACGGCGCCGUGGGAGACAGACCUACACCAGGUAUCAAACGCUUGAACUGGAGAAGGAGUUCCACACAAACCACUACCUAACUCGGCGAAGAAGAAUAGAAAUGGCGCAUGCCCUCUGCCUCACAGAGCGACAGAUCAAGAUAUGGUUCCAGAACAGGAGGAUGAAGCUGAAGAAGGAGAUCCAGGCGAUUAAGGAGCUUAACGAGCAGGAGAAACAAGCGCAGGCGUCGAAAUUAGCACAACAGAACGCCGCUAAUAAUGCCCAGUCCAUGACCUCAAACCAAGGGGCGGGAGGGGGGCCCGGUGGGGAGCAGAACCCCACCGGGAACCCCACGCAAAACUAACGACACAACUUCAUCUAUAAGCUAGGUUUAAGAUGAGAGAGAUGCAUGGGAGAGAGGAGAAUGAGAAGGAAGAAAAAAAAAAGAAGAGAGAAGAUGAGAUGGACAAGAAGUAUGAGGAGGCCCAUGUGAAAGAGGAGAAUGAAGACCGAGAGAGUGAGGAAGAGGAGGAGGAGGAGGAAGAAGACGGAUAGAAAGAGCCAAGGAAAGCCUAAGAGAAGUAGAAUUAGUAGAUGAAAGAGAAAUGACCAAAUGAACGUAAUUCACUGGUAGAGUUAAACCAAUACUGAAAACACUAAAUAACAUAAAUUAGUCUAAAAAUGUACCAAAAAUUGAAAAUGUAACUCAAGAAAUAGGCACAAAAAAUAAAAAAAAUUAAAUGUCAAGGCAAAAAAAAAAAAAAAAAAAAUCCAGAUUUGGAUCUUCCUUUUCUGACCUCCACCCACCCACCUCAGCAAGGGUCGCUCACGCCUGGGGUUCUACUUAAGAUUAAUUAGAACCACCUUAGUUCUUUGCUCUAUAUGCUUAGUAAAGUUUUUAAUUGCCUGCCUUAUUCCAGAGGUUAUUAGUCCUGGAGGAAGAGCAGACAAGAGGCACCUCAAAGAUUAGAUUUAGAUUUGGCCACCGAAGUGGCUAGUUCAUUGUGCUCCCCAUAUCCAUCCUGUGGACAGUAGCGCGAAGGCAUGUGGAUACACAAAAAGCCUAGGAGCUAGGCUCUGAAAGGGUUUACAGAAGUACAACUGGAUUUUCAAAGGUAUAGGCAAAAUAAAAUAUUCAAGAAUUCACGUAUUAUGGCUGUAUAUAGAAAACUGGGUUGUAGGACUUGUAGGAGAUGGUGUAAGAGAGUAUGUAUGAGAGGAUACAAGAGAUGUAGCAGUAGAGGGAGAGGAAGAGCGGAAGAAGGAAGAAUAGUUGAAGUCUUGCGCUUGUUGUUUUACGAAAGUCAGUGGAAAUAAUAGGGAAAGGAAUAGAAGUAGAGAGAUGAAACGUAAGUGUUAAUAAUAAAAGAGAUUAAGAGGAAUAACAUUAACAGGUGAUGAAUAGGAAAAAGGAGGAUGAAAAACAGCAGUGGUAAUAGGAGCAGUAAUAAUAAUCUACUAGUAACAGUAGCAGUGGAAACAGUGUCAGUAGCUUUUAUGUAACAAAAGUGGAUACAACAGCAGUAUGUCUGAAGUAAAGGCAAUAGCAAUGUUAGUCUACACGCCAGUGAGGGAUCAGGAAGGGUAAGGGGUUAUGGGCUGGGGAGGGGUCUAACGGAGGGUGCAGGGGA